GGUGUUUCUCUGGGCAUUUCAGUAUUCCUCUUGUUAUUCUAGAAGGGAAAUAAAAAAUCUGGAUUGGAUAACUGCAUCCUAGUGUAUAGGGAUUAGAUGUAGUGUGCUGCAUACAGAGCAUAUCUCAGCUGUCGUGCUGUGUAUGCCUGCUCAUGCUAUUACUGCUAUCUAAGCUUGUCUAGGUGGAGAAGAUCUUCUUACAUGCCAAGGAUUUCCUGCUAGAGGUGGCGUGAGCUGUUAGAGUCUCACAGGGGCAAAGACUCAGAGCAAUGAGAUUCAGGGUCAGCUCUUUCUCCCCCCCUCCUUCUGCCAUGAUCCUGUGCUGGAGACGCUGCUUGCUGGGGGUGAGCAGCAGAGAAAGAUGCUUGUGUUCUCCCUGUCGUGCAACGAGCCAGACAGGCUGAGGGAAAGAUGUGUGCAGCCCGGACAUACUGUAGCAGGUCAUUAUUGUGAGAUGGCCGCACAAAGCCAGGGGACUUGGAGAGCUGCAGGCUUCAGAGCCUUGAGUUGAUUCCUGGAGCAGCAGUAGCAGCUAGAGAGUGAGUGCAGUAGCAGAUGCAGUAGGAGGAAUUCAGCUUCGCAAUGGGUUAUAAUGGCAGCUUGAUCUUCAGGAAUAGGAGUGAGAUUGGCUUCUUGCAAGCAGGAGCCUUAGAGAUCAGGAAUGUGUCUCAUUCCCAGGUGCUGUGGAGCAAUCGCAGCAGCAGCGGCAGCGAUGGGCUCAGCUACAGACAUUUUACCACCAGCGUCCAAGUUAUCAUCUUCAUUGGGUCUCUGUUGGGAAACAUCAUUGUCCUUUGGUCAACUUGCAGAACAACUGUCCUCAAAUCUGUGACCAACAGAUUCAUGAAGAACCUCGCUUGCUCUGGCAUCUGUGCCAACUUGGUGUGUGUGCCUUUUGACAUUGUGCUCAGUGCUAGCCCACAGUGUUGUUGGUGGAUUUACACUCUCCUCUUCUGUAAGACCAUCAAAUUCUUGCACAAAGUCUUCUGCUCUGUGACCAUCCUUAGCUUUGCUGCCAUCGCCUUGGACAGGUAUUACUCUGUCUUGUACCCUCUCGAAAGGAAGAUAUCAGAUUCCAAGGCAAGGGACUUGCUGAUCUACAUCUGGACUCAUGCAGUUGUUGCCAGUGUUCCUGUUUUUGCUGUGACUAAUGUGACUGACAUUUACGCCAUGUCAACCUGCUCCGAGUCUUGGGGCUAUUCUCUGGGUCACUUGGUGUAUGUGUUGGUGUACAACGUCACCACCGUUUUAGUGCCAGUAGCUGUGGUUUUCCUAUUCAUGCUACUCAUCCGCAGAGCGCUGAGUGCCAGCCAGAAAAAGAAGGUGAUCAUAGCAGCUUUGAGGACACCACAGAACUCUAUAUCUAUACCAUAUGUAUCCCAAAAGGAGGCUGAACUACAUGCCAUGCUGCUGUCCAUGGUUCUGAUAUUUAUUCUCUGCAGUGUUCCCUAUGUAACAUUGGUUGUUUAUCGCACUGUGCUCAAUGUGUCUCAUAUCUCAGACUUUCUAAUGCUCACAGCCAUCUGGUUGCCCAAGGUUUCCCUUGUCACCAAUCCCUUACUUUUCUUGACUGUCAACAAGUCUGUGCGCAAGUGUGUGGUGGGCACCAUAGUGCAGCUUCACCGGCGCUAUAGUCGAAGGAACGUUGUCAACCUGGGAUCAGUGGCAGAGGUGAAUCUGGAACCCAGUGUCCGCUCAGGAAGCCAGCUUCUAGAGAUGUUCCAUAUUGGACAACAACAGAUCUUCAAGUCUGUUGAGGAUGAGGAGGAGAAUGAGAUUAAGUCAGCAGCUGCCCGAAGUUACAAACUGACGGAAACGAUGCCAAGUACAAGCCUAGAGGUAGAAAACACUUUGGUACAAAAGUUAAUUUCACAGAGUGCCGAAUCUGCAGCACAAGUUGCCCCUGUGAUGCCUGGUGAAGCUGAAAUGCUCAAUGACAAGUACUCCAUGCAGUUUGGAUUUGGGCCCUUUGAAUUGCCACCACAGUGGUUGUCUGAUAAACGUAACAGCAAGAAACGACUUUUACCUCCUCUUGGAAAUACACCUGAGGAACUUAUCCAGACCAAGCAGCCCAAAUGUAAAGUUGAACGAAAAAUAAGCAGGAACAAUAAAGUUUGUAUUUUUCCUAAAGUAGAUUCUUAGCACAGCCUAAAUCCCCAAUCCCCAAAAGAUCCUAUGGAUCUGAGCUCCAGUCUUGUUCCACAUGCCAAAUAGUGCACACAACAGGAGGGAGAUGCACAAUCAAAGUGUUCCUUACUAUCAUGGACUGCGUGUGUGCAGUGGAGAUUUCCUUUUGUGUGCUCUCUGUACAACUGUGACAUUCUGUGAAAAAUCACAGACGAUCACUUCCUAUUAAUAUGGUGCUGUCACUCUGUUUGCUACUUUGCUCCCACAAUCAAUUGUCAAUAGAAUUGUACAAAUAACCCAUUUAUUUCAAGAUAAUCCCUACAUGACCACAGGUUAGCAACUAAAAAUCAGUAAUGUUAAAUAAUAAAGUUCUUAAAGUGAACCAGUCAUCCCCACAUAAUUUGACAGGCUAACUAUGGGUUCAGUUGUAUCUAUCAUGGCUUAUUCAGAAUGGAGGAAGCCACUUUGUGGCCUGGACCAAUGUUCAUGUAAAUGCAGCCUGUCGGUUUAGUAGGGACUUGUGACAUCACUGAAGAAUGCUAUGCCUCGUACCUCCAGCAAUGACAUUAAUUCAUGGGGAAUUGAUAGGCUGGUUAUCUCCUUAUGGAGUGUCACGGAGCACUUUUCUUUUAAACAACCACCAAUUUACUCUACUGGUGGUCAGAGUGCACUAGAAACUGUCGUUCAGCAAUCAGUGUAUAGCCACAAGUUGCCUAUCUCUUCCUUAUGGGGUAAAAUCUUAAAAUGAGUCACAUGCUCUUAAAUGUCCCUCUGCCCCCAUAACUUAUAAACUUUCAUGUUUUUGCUAACUUGUUCCUUUUAGCAAUUGCAAAACUAGACUUGCAUGUCCACUGGACAAUUUGUUUGAUUUGCUGGCAUGCAACUAAUAUUGCAAAUGUAUUAUCUGAAACUGAUUUUCUUAGUUUUUUUUUCAAUGUAACUUCAAUGUAAUUUAGAUCUGAUCGCAGCAGUAAAUUUGUUAGCCAAUGGGCAAUACCACAUGCACUGCAGGGGAGGCAGAUAUAACAUUUGCAGAGAGUUAGAUUUGGGUGGGUUAUUUUGUUUCUGUGCAGGGUAAAUACUGGCUGCUUUAUUUUUACACUGCAAUUUAGAUUUCAUUUUGAAUACACCCCACCCAAAUCUAACUCUCUCUGCACAUGUUAUAUCCCCCCCCCCCCCCAUCCCUGCAAUGCACAUGGUUUUGCCCAUUAGCUAACAAAUUUGCUGCUGAUAUUAGGUCUGAAUUAGGCCCUUUAUUUUGACACAAUUUGUAUAAAUGUAUGUUGUCCAUAUGUCUGGCUGAUUACACAAUGCAGGAAGAGCAACUUUUUGACUUUAUUUUGGGGCGACAGCACCAAAGACAGAAUUUAUACAGAUGUUGUCUAAGGUUACAGAACGAUUAAAGCAGGCAUAUUACCUUUUUACGUUUAUUUUCUUUGGUGUUUGUACUAUUUUUACUAUUUAAAUGCAAUGUAGACUGUUUAUCAGCAUAGAGGAAGAGCUUUGUUCCAAUAUCACCAUAAGAACCUCUCAUGUUUGCCCCACACAGAUGAGAACAUGCAAAACUUCUAUUUUUCAGAUGUCUUUAUAGGCCAGUAAACCUCUGCAGUGUGAGGUGAGUGGGAUUUUUUCCAAGCUGAUGUCCUAGUGCACCCCCUGUUAAAUGUUGCAUCUGUCAUUUGGUUUUGCACCAGCAAUAGUAAGUCUGCGUGAUCUGAAACCCUUUUGCUAUGUAUCUCUUGCUGUAUAAUGUCUUAGCCAAUCCAACUUUACAAACAGGAUGAGCUGUGAAACUUUUGUAACUCCGGACUUUUACUUUUAUAUAGAGUGACAUUACAAUGCUAGCACAAAAUGAGCAUUGUUCAGUUUCUUUCAGAUACAGAGGGUUCCUGUAUACUAUCUAAUGCUCAUCAGCACUGUGAUUCAAUUGGAGAUAGAGCUAUGAAGUAUCAGGACACGUCGGUAUGAUGGAGAAACUGACAGCUCUUUUAGUGCAUGCACGUAAACUAACUUUUUUAUCGCUAAUAUCAAUUGUUUAUCCUUUUUAAUUUAUAGAUUUGGUAUCCUACACCUUAUAAUAUGCACAUUGAGUAGAUGUCUCAUGAUAUGUCUGUAGAUUGCAAUAAACAUGAUCUAUUGAAUGAUGUAAUAUGUCUAUAAUGAAUGGAACAACUAUGUUUCAUUGUACAGUUGCCUAUUAAAGUAUCAUACUCUGUUGAGCUACAGAUUA